AUUGGUCAUUGUAGAUAGAUUUCAUAUUUUCAGAAUCAAAUCAAUAAUUCUCCCCACGAAAUCUCCUUUCAUUUCUUCUUACAGGCUUCCUUCCUUUCGCAUCUUCUACAAAUUACCAUGUCCUCGUCCCCCUAAUUCCCUAAAUCCGCCCCUGGUUUCUUAAAACCACCCCCUUAGUUCUUUCUUUUUAAGUACAGAAGCUCUAUGAUCUCUUCCUCACCAUCUUAAGCUUUGUCUGAUUAAUUUAACCCUCUUUUCAUCAACCUCAGAAUCGAAAAUGGAAGCCCAGAAUAAUAUCGGAGCAACGGGGCAUCCCAGCAUCGUCCUUCCGGCUGUCCGAGGUAGUGCCUCCAGCGGCACCCUUGGUCGGCAUCUGGCUCGUCGGCUUGUCCAAAUCGGCGUUCGUGAUGUGUUCUCUGUGCCGGGUGACUUCAAUCUGACGCUUCUCGAUCACCUGAUCGCCGAACCCGAUCUCAACGUCAUCGGCUGCUGCAACGAGCUCAACGCUGGGUAUGCUGCAGAUGGGUACGCCCGUUUCAAAGGGGUUGGCGCUUGCGUCGUCACCUUCACUGUUGGUGGGCUUAGCGUCCUCAACGCCAUUGCCGGUGCUUACAGUGAGAACCUCCCUGUUAUUUGCAUCGUUGGUGGACCCAAUUCGAAUGACUACGGUACCAAUCGGAUUCUCCACCACACGAUCGGGUUGCCGGAUUUCAGCCAGGAGCUUCGGUGCUUUCAGACGGUCACAUGUCAUCAGGCAGUGGUGAAUCACUUGGACGAUGCACACGAGCAAAUAGAUACUGCAAUUUCGAAUGCUUUGAAGGAGUGUAAGCCUGUCUAUAUCAGCAUAAGCUGCAAUUUGCCAGCAAUUCCUCAUCCUACUUUCGGUAGGGAGCCAGUUCCUUUCUUCCUUGCACCAUGGGUGAGCAAUAAAAUGGGACUGGAAGCAGCAGUUGAGGCAACAGCAAAUUUUCUAAACAAAGCAGUGAAGCCCGUUCUUGUGGGUGGGCCCAAAUUAAGGGUAGCCAAGGCACAAAAGGCAUUUAUGGAGCUGGCAGAUGCAUGUGGUUAUCCAAUUGCAAUUAUGCCAUCAAGCAAGGGUCUGGUUCCAGAGCACCACCCCCAUUUCAUUGGGACAUACUGGGGUGCCGUCAGCACUGGCUUCUGUGGUGAGAUUGUGGAGUCUGCUGAUGCCUACGUUUUUGUUGGUCCCAUCUUCAAUGACUACAGCUCAGUGGGCUACUCCUUGCUGAUCAAGAAGGAGAAAUCAGUAAUAGUUCAUCCCAAUCGUGUGAAUAUUGGCAAUGGACCUUCCUUAGGUUGGGUUUUCAUGGCUGAAUUCUUGACGGCAUUGGCCAAGAAGCUGAAGAAGAACAGCACAGCAGUGGAGAAUUACCGCCGUAUCUAUAUUCCUCCAGGCAUCCCUCUUAAGCGAAAUCAAGAUGAACCUUUGAGAGUUAACAUCCUGUUUAAACACAUUCAGGAUAUGCUAAGCGGAGGCACAGCAGUUAUUUCUGAGACAGGUGACUCAUGGUUCAACUGUCAGAAGCUCCGUCUCCCAGAAAAUUGUGGAUACGAGUUCCAGAUGCAAUAUGGAUCCAUUGGGUGGUCAGUAGGUGCAACACUUGGGUAUGCUCAGGCUGCUAAAGAAAAGCGUGUGAUUGCGUGCAUUGGUGAUGGAAGUUUCCAGGUAACUGCUCAGGAUAUCUCGACAAUGAUCAGAUGUGGUCAAAGGAGCAUUAUAUUCCUCAUCAACAAUGGAGGAUAUACUAUUGAAGUAGAGAUUCAUGAUGGUCCAUACAAUGUUAUUAAGAACUGGAACUACACCGGGCUUGUAGAUGCAAUCCAUAAUGGUGAAGGAAAAUGUUGGACUGCCAAGGUCCGGACAGAGGAUGAGCUAACAGAGGCGAUUGCAACAGCUACGGGAGAAAAACAAGAUUCAUUAUGUUUCAUUGAAGUUCUUGUGCACAAAGAUGACACUAGCAAAGAGCUUUUGGAGUGGGGGUCCCGAGUUUGUUCUGCAAACAGCCGCCCUCCUAAUCCCCAGUAAAUUUCUGGACCUUAGAUGAAAUUUCCCCGGGUUGGGGGAGGGUGUUGAGAUGACAGCAUUGUAACGCUAUGUGGGAAUAUAUUGUAGAUUACUGAUUUGUGUCAUUAUACUGAGAUUUGAGUAGUCAGAUUGCCCCGGCACUCGUGUGGAUGAGGUUUUAGUUUCCAAAUAAAAUCUAUGAACGUUCUGUUCUAUGUAUUUAAUGUUGAACUAUUUGGCUAUCUAAUUUAAAGGCAGUUAUCCGAUUUGUGUCGA